GUGGGGCUUAAGAUUGACUGACAGCGUUUGUGAUCCCUCGUUUUAAUAAAAGAUGCUCAGAUCAAAGCAAUUAUUUUUUUCGAGUAUUCGUGAACUAUGGACAUAACGAAUCGCUUAUUAUCAGGUCUAUGUGUCUGAAAUAUGGAUUGUGAAGCUGGAGAAAACUCUUCUGAAUGUGGAAGCUGGAGAACCCUCAGACGCUGGGGGUGUCCACAAAAUCGCACAUUGAGAGAUGUGUUUACAUGGCACCUCUUCAAGACUAUAUUGAUGGGUCAAGCCCUGUCCAUGCUGAUUUGUGGGACGGCAGUUACAUGUCAAUAUUUGUCGGAAGCUAAGGUGGCGACGCCAAUGUUGCAAAGCUUUCUCAAUUACACUCUUUUGCUGCUUACCUACACUUUAGUCUUGGCAUUCAGAAAAGGGGAAAGCAAUAUUUUUCAAAUCCUAAAAAGAAAGUGGUUGAAUUAUUUGCUGGUGGCGCUUACGGACGUGGAAGCCAACUACACAGUUGUGUUGGCGUACCAGUACACUACCCUUACAAGUAUACAGCUUCUGGAUUGCUUUGUAAUCCCGGUACUGAUGGUGCUGUCAUGGAUCUUCUUGAAGACCCGCUAUAGGCCAUUGCAUUUCAUCGCUGUGGUUCUGUGCAUGCUUGGAGUUGGUUCAAUGGUGGGAGCAGAUCUGCUGGCGGGAAGAGAUCAAGGCUCAAAUAGUAAUGUAUUGUUGGGGGAUGGACUUGUGUUAGUAAGUGCAGCUCUGUAUGCAGUGUCAAAUCUCUGUCAGGAAUACACGGUGAAAAACCUGACCAGGAUUGAGUUCUUGGGCAUGAUGGGAUUCUUUGGGACCAUCAUCAGUGGUGUGCAAAUGGCUAUUCUUGAACCCAAAGCUAUAACUGCCAUCACAUGGGACUUGAGUAUAUGUCUGCUCUUUGUGGCUUAUACCGUGUGCAUGUAUGGGCUGUACAGUUACAUGCCUAUAGUGGUGAAGAUGACAAGCGCCACAGCAGUAAACCUCUCACUGCUGACAGCUGACCUCUUCAGUCUCUUCUGUGGCUUAUUUCUGUUUCACUACAAUUUCUCAGGCUUGUACAUUGUGUCUUUUGUGGUGAUCAUACUCGGUUUUAUCAUUUUCAACAUUGUACCGACUAACACAGCAGAUCAGCCAUGUGGAACUAAUGAUGGGCCCUACCAUCUUGCUUCAUCUGUGGAUGUCCAACAAAGUGAAGACGUUAUUGAAGAUUUGCCACAGAAGGAUGCAGUAGAGAAUUAUGACCAGACAGGGUGAAGUCACAAAGAACCUCGCAAUGGACUGUGUACCUUGAUUAACACACCUCUACAAUGUAGAGUUAAGUGUUGUAUUUUGUCUGGGAUUAACAGUGUCCCGUUUCGCCAAUGGCAGUGAAUGAUCUGUUGUUUGUUAAGAAUUUUAAAUUCAUUUCCAUGUGCCUUCAACCUGAAUUUACUCCCAUUUCUGUAUAAAUAUUAUGGGGUUAGAUGGGAAAGGCAGAACAUUUUCAACAACAUUCAUUGAAAAUUUUUGCUUUUUAUGCACUACAUUGAGAUGUUCAGUACAACCCUAAACCACACAGGGUGCUAACAUCUCAAUUACUGUACAAAAAAAGAUGCUGCUUCAAAUAUGCUCACUUUUAUUUUUUUAUCAUCUGUGUGCUAUGAAAAAAAUAUAUGUAUGAAGAAAUUAUUUUUAUGUAUUGUAUUUGAAAUGUUACAAAACAACAUGUAAGUUAGUUAGUACAAAUGUGUCUCUGGCUUCAGUGAUCAACAUUUUGUCAAUUGAUUUGUUACUGGCAUUAUCAAAAUAAGACAUGUUUUAUAUGUAUAUUUUGUUAUGUAUUCCAAAAUAUUUUUAA